AAAUUUAAAAUUGCACUUUAGUAAGCUAACCCGGCCGUAUUGGCAUGUGUUGCAAUGUUAAGAUUUCAUCAUUGAUAUAUAAACUAUCAGACUGCGUAGUCGGUAGUAGUGGGUUUCAGUAGGCCUUUAAAUGUGGAUUGUAUUGGUUUGAAGGUGUCAUCAUCCAAAUGACCACUGGGUGUCGCUCCACAGCGUCUAAUAUUCUGCUCUUCCACAGCUUGUUCUCCUGUGUGUGUUGUAUGUGUGCGUGUUUGUGUGCGUCGGCUCGAAAGUCAGCCUGGUUUCCAGCUGAGUGCUUGCUCUCUCUCACAGUAUGUGUGUGUGUGCGUGCGUGUGCGCGUGUGUGCGUGCGUGCGUGUGUGUGUAAGUGUGUGUUGUCAUUAUUAUCCACUCUGCUCCCAGCUCAGAAUGGCCAGAUUCACUCAGACUGAAACAAGAAGUCAGCAGCAGCAGCAUCCUCCUCUUCCUCAGCAGCAUCAGCAUCAUCCCGCUCCUCCUCACUCCUCCAGCCUCCCUUUCAGCCAAACUCCACCGCUCCCGAUCCCGCACCAGCAGCACCCGCUCAAGCCCAUGAACGGCUCGGAACCCAUUUCACUUCAUCCGGAGAGCGGCGCCAUGAAGGACCAGGAUGCCAUUAAGCUCUUUAUCGGGCAGAUUCCGCGCAACUUGGAGGAGAAGGACCUGAAGCCUCUCUUUGAACAGUUUGGGAAGAUCCACGAACUGACGGUGCUCAAGGACCGCUACACCGGCAUGCACAAAGGUUGCGCUUUCCUCACCUACUGCGCCCGAGAGUCCGCCAUCAAAGCCCAGAACGCCCUCCAUGAACAGAAAACACUCCCAGGGAUGACACGCCCCAUCCAGGUGAAACCGGCUGACAGUGAAAGCCGUGGAGAAGACAGGAAGUUGUUUGUGGGAAUGCUGAACAAACAACAGACCGAGGAGGAUGUUUACCGCAUGUUCGAACCCUACGGAGUUAUCGAGGAGUGCACGGUUUUAAGGGGUCCUGAUGGCAACAGCAAAGGUUGCGCCUUUGUCAAGUUUUCCACACAUACCGAGGCUCAGUCUGCAAUCGGUGCCCUCCACGGAAGUCAGACAAUGCCAGGCGCCUCGUCCAGCUUGGUGGUGAAGUUUGCAGACACAGACAAAGAGCGCACCAUCAGACGCAUGCAGCAGAUGGUCGGCCAGUUUGGCAUCUUCAACCCAGCCAUCGCCCUUCCCUUCAGCACCUACAGCUCUUACGCUCAUGCGCUCAUGCAGCAGCAGGCGGCCAUUAUGGCGGCGAGCCACGGCGGUUACCUGACGCCGAGUGUGGCCGCCUACCCCGCUACGCAGAUCCACCAGAUGGGGGCGCUUAACAUCAACAGCCUCCCGCCCACCUCCAUGACCUCGGUGUCGGGUGAAUUUCAUCAAGCCUUAGGCCUCAGUUCUCCGCCAGCCAACAUCACCACAUCCGCCGUGCCCAGCAUCGUCACACCCAUUGUCAACGGAUUCACCGGCAUCCACCAUCAGCCAAACGGACACCCCACCGUGGAGACGGUCUACACCAACGGCCUGCCGCCUUACUCCACCCAGAGCCCCACAGCCGCCGACACCCUGCAGCAAGCCUUCACCGGAGUACAGCAGUACACAGCAAUAUACCCGGCCACUACACUGACACCUAUCGGCCAGACGCUGCCCCAGGCGCCGCAGGUCAUCCAGCAGCAACAGCAGCAGCAGCAGAGAGAAGGUGAGGGUCCAGAGGGCUGUAACCUGUUCAUCUACCACCUGCCACAGGAGUUUGGAGACAAUGAACUCAUGCAGAUGUUUCUACCCUUCGGCACUGUCAUCUCUUCCAAGGUCUUCAUGGACCGGGCGACCAACCAGAGCAAGUGUUUCGGCUUUGUGAGUUUUGACAACCCCACCAGCGCGCAGGCAGCUAUCCAGGCCAUGAACGGCUUUCAGAUUGGCAUGAAGAGGUUGAAAGUCCAGCUAAAGAGACCGAAGGAUGCCAGCCGCCCUUACUGACACAGCCUACCUUUAUUAUUCAUCGCAGCAGCAGCAACAGCAGCAGCACAGGUUUUAGAGGACACGUGACGAUAUCACGGCGGGGCUUUUCUCUCUUUCUUUUUUUUUUUCCUUGGAAAAGCAACAUAUGUUUUUUUUUAAAUAACAAAAGCGCGUGAGGAUUUUUUUUUUGGGGAGGGGGGGGGAUUUAUUUUGGAAGACAUAUCAGCAUUUACUUAUGAAGACACAAGUCGGAAGGAGACGUGGAGGCGUGUCGCCGGGGGACGCUAACAGAUGGCACAGUGCGAGGAAGGAAGGCGAGGAAGAAAAAAAAAAAAACUGACAGAAAAAACACUGAACUCCAGAACUUUUUUUCUUGUUGAGACUUGAAUCGUUAAUUAAGCAACAAACUUAACAAACAGGAAGAAGCAGCAACAACAAAUAGAUUUCUAUAUACAUUCUAUAUACAUAUAUAUAAAUAUAUAUAUAUAUAAACAGGAGAUGCGCUUGUGGCUUUUACUGCACUGGACAAAUGAGGGUUCCAAACUCAAAGACGAACAGUGGCGAGACAAAAAAAAAAAAAAAAAAAGCCCUUCUUCACUUCUUCGUCCGCUGGAAAUCUUUCUCUUUCCCCUCUCUUUUUCUCGUAUUGUCGCCCCAGCGAGCGCCGAGGAGGAGGCCAGCAGCCCUGGAGGAGGUCACUGAGAAGGUUAGCAACAACUGAGAAUCUUUCACCCAAAAAGGGACCAAAGGACCAAACCUGUUUGUAUUGUUCUGAGCAGUAAUGCGUAGUAUUAACGAAUUCAAAGCAACUACUUAUGGUAUUUACACGUCAAGGA